AUGGCUGCUCCUGAGAGAACCGGUGAGCAACAUCCGGAGGAUUCGCCUCGGCCCUCUUCCGAAGGCGCCGUGGCCUCCUCCACGAAAUCCGACGCCACUGGAGCGAGGACACCGCAGUUUCCGGGUUCCCCAAGCCUUGCCUGCAGGACCUUGCUCAAGGAGGCGGAGCACCUGGAGGAGCUGUUUCUCCUGUCCCCUGCACCUCCGUUGGGAGCAGAGCCGCGAAGUCCGAGAGAUGACACGUUCCAAGAAUGGGAGGCUCGCGAGCUGGCAGCGCAGUGCGAAAGCCUGAAACGAGCGCGCCUGGCCGUAGCUGAAGUGGUGGCGCAGGCCCUGGGCACGCGACAACCGAGACCUCAGCGCACCAGAAGUGUUGGAGACCUUCGGCGUGGAGGCUCCAUCAGCCUUCCCUUGGCUUCCAGGACCGAGCGGAGGACUCUGCGGGCUACCACAGCAAGAGCCAGGACGCCAUCUCCUCGGCCCUUGGCCCAGGAGAGGCAGUCUCCACGGCCACGGUGCGAG